UCUUUUAUAUGUGUAUGUUAUUUUCCAGAAAGUCUCAACAGCUGAUACUUGGGAGGCCCCUAUGGCUGUGUAUGAUGAAGAUCUCUUGAAGAACCCUUUUUAUUUAGCAAUGCAGAAGCGUCGACCUGAUCUCUGUCGGAAAGUUGCAGAAUUGCAUGGGAUUGUAUUAGUGCCAUGCAAAGGAAGUCUUUCAAGCAGUUUCGUCUCUGCUUGCCAGUUUGACUCUUAUGUUCUCAAAGCAGUGGAGAAAAACUUUCAGACCUUGAAUGGAAAGGAAAUCUUCAUACAAGGCAAUGUGAUCAUACUUGGUUCUGGCUUUAGCCAUCAUUCCUCUGUGCCUGUUCUCUUUGAGGAAACGUUCUACAAUGAGAAAGAAGAGAGCUUUAGCAUCCUUUGUAUAGCUCAUUCUCUGGAAAAAAAUGAGAGCAAAGAACAAUCUUCAGCCUCAUCAAAUUCUUACUCCCUGAAAAACAUUGAAGAUGUGAGAGAGUUCUUGGGAAGACAUACGGAAAAAUUUGACAAAGCAAUUGCAUCUUUCCACAGGACUUUCAAGGAGCAUGACAGGAAAAUCUUGCGCCAUUACAUAGAUUCUGUCAACGCACUAUACACCAAAUGCAUUCAGCAGUUACUGAGAGAUUCUCACCUUAGAAUGCUAGCAAAGCAGGAACCUCAGAUGAACCUGAUGAAGCAAGCUGUUGAUAUGUAUAUCCAUCAUGCUCUCUAUGAUGUAAUCUUUAAGUAUGUAGGGACAAUUGAGGCAAGUGAGGAUGCAACUUUCAACAAAAUCACACGAAGUCUGCAGGACCUGCAGCAGAAAGACCUGGGUAUCAAGCCUGAAUUCAGCUUCAACAUACCACGUGCAAAACGAGAACUGGGCCAGUUGAAUAAAUGCACCUCCCCACAACAGAAACUCCUCUGCCUGCGUAAAGUAGUCCAAGUCAUAAUGCAGUCUCCAAGUCAAAGAGUUAACAUGGAGACCAUGUGUGCAGAUGAUCUCCUUUCUGUCUUGCUUUAUCUCCUUGUGAAAACAGAAAUUCCAAACUGGAUGGCAAACCUGAGUUACAUCAAAAACUUCCGGUUCUGUAGCUCGGCAAAGGAUGAGCUAGGAUACUGUCUGACCUCAUUUGAAGCUGCAAUAGAAUACGUCCGUCAAGGAAACCUCUCUGACAGGCCAGCGGAAUUGAGAGGGUUUAAUGAGAAGUUGUUCUUAACACAAAGAAUGAGUCUCUUGUCUCAGAUGUCCACCACUCCGAUAGACUGCUUGUUUCAGCAUAUUGCUUCAGGCAACCAAGGGGAAGUGGAACACUUAUUAAGCCAAGGAGACGACGACAAUGACACUGUGCAAAAAAUGUGUCACCCACUUUGUUUUUGUGACAGAUGUGAGAAGCUGGUUUCUGGGAAGUUGAAUGAUCCGUCCAUCGUUACACCGUUUUCCAGAGAUGACCGAGGAUACACACCCCUCCACGUAGCUGCCAUAUGUGGGCAAGCCUCCUUAAUUGACUUGUUAGUCUCCAAAGGAGCUGUUGUCAAUGCUACAGAUUACCAUGGAUCAACACCACUUCACCUAGCCUGUCAGAAAGGAUAUCAGAAUGUCACUCUCCUCCUAUUGCACUAUAAGGCUAGGAAUGAAGUACAAGACAAUAAUGGCAACACGGCAUUGCAUUUAGCUUGCACUUACGGCCAUGAGGAUUGUGUCAAGGCCUUAGUCUAUUAUGACAUCCAUUCCUGUAAAUUAGACAUUGGGAACGAAAAAGGGGACGCGCCGCUUCACAUAGCUGCCCGCUGGGGUUACCAAGGGAUCAUAGAAGUCCUGCUGCAAAAUGGAGCUAGCCCGCAUAUUGAAAACCGAAUGAAGGAGACUCCUGUGCAAUGUGCAUUAAAUUCCACGAUUCUGUCUUUAAUGGAGCUGAACUACCUCACCUUCGAAAAAGGCCAGGGUGCUUCUCAGUCCUUAACUCGAUCUCCUCAGGGUGGUGAGGACACCCUCAGCCAAGUGUCGUGUGUCUCCAGUUUGUCAUCAGCAACAACGGCAACAGCAGGUGCAGGACAAGAAGAAACUAAAACAAAUUAUAAAGAGGUAGACAAACUUUUAAGAGCAGUUGCUGAUGGAGACUUGGAAAUGGUGCGUUAUCUUUUGGAAUGGGUGGAGGAGGAUCUCGAGGAACCUGAAGACACAGGCCAGGUAGAGGGAGUGGAGUUUUGCCAUCCCUUGUGCCAGUGUUCCAGUUGUGGCCCUGCGCAAAAGAAAUUAUUUACGUUGCCCACUAAGGGCCUCGGAGUGAAUGUUACAAACCAAGAUGGCCAGACGCCACUCCACGUUGCUGCACUCCAUGGUCACGCUGACUUGGUCUCUCUUUUAAUCAAACAUGGGGCCAGUCCUGAGGCGAAAGAUGCGAACUGCACAGUGCCUCUUCACCUGGCUUGCCAGAAUGGUCACGUUGAGGUAGUAAAGUGUCUGAUAGAGGCCAACGCUAAACAAAACAAAAAGGAUAUUUAUGGAAAUACUCCCUUGAUGUAUGCUUGCUUGAAUGGGUAUCAAGAGGUAGUGGCCUUCUUGUUACAGCAUGGGGCCUCGGUUAACCUUUCCAAUAACCAGGGCAAUACCUCCCUCCACAGAGCUGUGAUCGGGAGCUACGAAGCUGUGGUUCAGCUGUUGCUGCAACACAGAGCAUUGACCCACCUUAGGAACAACAGACAGUGCACGCCUCUGGACUAUGCUGAGCCUAAUUCAAGUAUCCACGUGAUGUUACAAGCUGCAGCAGAAGAGGGAAGACAGACAGACUGCAAAGCUCACACAGCUGGGAAAAUCAGGGAAAAAAUCAGCUUCAAAUCUCCUGAGAUAACGGAUGAUCUUGUUGCUCGGCGCCUCCAGCUGGUCCAGUCGAUCAAUCGAUUUAACAAAUCAGAAGAAUUGCGGAAAGCUGUAACGAGAGAUAAAAGUGUCCCUAACUUUGAUGAUGAGUUAUUGCACCAGUUAGCUACUAAGAGCUUUGAUAAGAGCAAGCUGAAGACAGACAACUCUUCAGAACAAAGGCAAACCCACAUCCUUGAUGCCAGUGACAGUAGAAGUGAACCCAAAAGAGAAGAAAAUAACACGGAAGCAGCAGCAUCUCUUAGACAUAAACGGAUGCAGCGGAGACACACUGUUAAUGUGGCCCUUUCGGCUACAGAUAUUGAUGACAUUUGUGAUUUACCCAGAUCAAGAGAUCCAAGUGUUUCUUCACUUGAAGGCUGCUCUGAUUGAUGCUUUCCAAAACUGAUGAAAAAAAUAUUUUUGGAUAGCAAACAUUUCAGCUUCAUGCUCCUUCCACUCAGCAUUGAAAAACCAAUAGACGCCUAUGAUAAAGUCUUUCAAAACUGGAUCAGAAGGAUGUUUUGCAGGUAGGGGCCCUCUAUGGUUUGCACUUUGGGAGGCAUAUAGCCUCCUCUUAUUUAAAGAGAAGUCAGUAACUUCAGCUUAUUUUAAUGAAUGCAAUCCGAGAUACGGAAAACUUUUGGACUUCAUUCUAUAUUCUUGUGCUCUGCAGAUCAGUUCCUACACUAAAGUAUGGGCAUCGUGAAAUGUAUAUGAAGCUUGACACAAAGAGCAAUAUUGCACAGUAUAUUAAAUUUUCAUUGGUUUUACUGGAGUGUAGGUUGGGCAAACUUCUUUUAAUAAAGGAUACGUUUUGUCUUAUAGAAGAGAUGGGGUCCCUAAUUAAGAGUAUUUUCUGCAGAUAAGCAGUUGAGACUUAUGUUAAGAAUGAUUUUAUUGUUAAGCAGCCAACAUCAGUGAACACUCAAAUUCCUAUAUAUUGCUAUAGCCUAACCCCUUUUAAAGAUAAAAUGGCAACUAUUUGUGGCACAAGCAAGAAAAUUAAUGAGAUGGAUUACUUUCAUUUCAGCUGGGAAUUCUUUGUAGCAACUUAGUUGCCAUUAAGUUUGAGACACAUUCACAUUGAUCUUUUGUGCACUUUUUAGAAACAGAGUGUCAGCUUUAGGUAAUUAUUUUUUUUAAUUUUGUAAAAGGGUUAAGAAUUAUGACUUGAACAGCACAAUAACUCUGGUCAAUUCACAUUGAUUUCUAUGUAAUAUUUCUAUACAAAAUUGUUUUUUAUUGUUUGAUAACCUAUUUUGGGCGGUCAAAUGGUCUGUCAAGAUUUUUCUGUACAAAAUGAUAUAAGGUUUGAAAAGACAGCACUCUAGUGUGCUCCAUGUGGGUUAGUCUAUUUUUCUACUAAACACCUGAGUUCAUCUAAUUUUCUUAUGUGCCUUGGACUUGUGCCAAAUGAUGGAAGAGAAGUAAUAAGAAUAAAUGGAUCUAUACUCUUAA